AUGUCUUCGACUCUGUUUAAGGCAACUGUAAAUGAAUAUUUGAAGAACCUACCUGCGCCAGUGCAAUCAAGACUUUAUGGCUCACCUGCAACUUGCUUGGCGAUUUACAGACUUCUUCCUAAGCUCGCCAAGUUUUUCAUAAUUUCAAUGGUUUUCAAUGAGAGUGACGUUUCGUUGCGCGAUAUAGACAGGUGGGUCAAGACUUCAGGCAAAUUUCAAUUAAGCGAGGCAAUCAAAUCCAUGAAAUCCUUGCAUAUCUUGACAGAUGGAAUCAGUGGUCAACAUCUCAUGGUCAAUCUCAACCCAAUUUUCCGCAAGAGUUUUAGAAAUGCUCUGACAGGUGGAGAAGUUAAUAAUUCAUUUGGAAAUGUGGUUGAAGAUGAUCAUAAUGCGGUUACAAUGGGGAUGCUGGAUCAGUACGCUGCUGACAAGUGGGAAACAAUUUUGCAUUUCAUGGUGGGAACACCUGUAACAAAGACGCCUUCACGAAAUGUUUUAACGCUUCUUGUUCACAGUAAACUGAUGGAGGAGAGUAAGACGGGAGAACUUCAAAUCACCAACGAAGGCUUCCAAUUUCUUUUGCAAGAUGUAAAUGCUCAAAUGUGGACGCUUUUACUUCAAUACUUAAAAAUGGCCGAAUCCCUGCAAAUGGAUCCUGUCGAUGUUUUGAAUUUCAUUUUCAUGCUUGGUGCUUUAGAGCUUGGUAAAGCCUAUAGUGACGUGGACCUGAGUGAUACCCAGAAAAGCAUGUUGCAGGACAUGCGAGAUUAUGGCCUUGUUUUCCAAAAAGCUUCUAAUAGCUUCAAGUUCUACCCUACGCGGCUUGCAACCAUGCUUACUUCAGAUUCCACCACAAUUCGCACCGCGUCUGGUGCUAUGAACAGUGUACUCAAGCAAGGGUCAAGUAUCAAAGAUGAAGGUGCUCCGGGAGCUGCAAUUGAAGAAGAUGAGGCCCAUAUUAGUGAUCUUACACAAGGUAUGCCCGACGGGGCGCUUAUUUUAGAGACCAAUUUCAAACUUUAUUCUUAUUCCAAUUCACCUCUGCAGAUUGCAAUUCUCAGUCUUUUUGUGCAUUUGAGAUCUCGGUUUUCCAAUAUGGUCACAGGUCAAAUUACUAGAGAUUCAAUUCGACGUGCCCUUCAUAACGGUAUCACGGCCGAUCAAAUCAUUGCAUACUUAGAAACACAUGCGCAUCCUCAAAUGAGACGUUUAGCAGAAGCCCAACUUGACAAGAAAACGGAGUUAGAUCCUUCCACCAAGGAAACCUUGCAAAUUUUGCCUCCCACAGUUGUCGAUCAAAUCAAACUUUGGCAAUUAGAAAUGGACAGAAUCAUAAGUUAUGAAGGUUAUCUUUUCACUGAUUUCGAAAAUCUGCAAGAAUUUCAGUUGCUUAGUACUUAUGCUACAGAUAUUGGAGUUUUGUUGUGGAAGGAUGAGAAAAAGAGAAGGUUUUUUGUCUCUCAGGAAGGUAAUGCGCAAGUUAUUGACUACGCUAAACGGACGUUAAAGAAGAAAUAG